UUUUGAGGAACUCACGGGAGCGCGCGACUGUGGGAGCGCGCACACAUAAAAAAAAAAAAAAAACACCAAAAGGUGCCACGGCUGCGGAGGAGUGUCGCCCAGGACCAAGGCGUUUGUUCGAAAUUAUAAAUAGGAUUAACUGUAGGCCUUACGUUAUUGUAUUGACACAAAACAACAACAACGAACACUCACACACAUCACUGGAUGUCCUCACUCGACACAUAGAAUACUCCGUAUAAAAGUUUCAGUGUCAGCGUUUUAAUCAACAGUAUUUUUUCAUUUUUUCUACAAAUAUUUUUCCACUAUCAUUUUCAUUUUUGUUGCAUUUUCACUUUCCCUUCUUCCACAUUUUAAAAUGUUUUUUGGAGAACACCAAAGCCUGGAAGUUUUUUCCUUCCUGUGCAAAGACAGCAGUUGGAGGCCAUCCACAUCGGAUCUGCCUCAAUAUUAACAGAUCUUCGGUUAAGAUUAUUUUGUAUUGAUCCAUGUUUGGAGGGAAUGCUUCCGAAACUUUGACCUCUGGCCUCUAAGGAAGGGAUGGCUGAUCGCAGCGACCUUGCAGUUGCCCCAGGUCAGCUGUAUAUUGAGGUAGAGUACGACUAUGAGUACAAGUCCAAAGACCGUAUGAUUACCAUUAAGCAAGGUGAAUGUUACUUGCUGGUACAAAAGACCAAUGAAGACUGGUGGCAGGUCCGUAAGGAGGAGGGCAGUAAGCCUUUUUACGUACCUGCCCAGUAUGUCCGUGAAGUGCGGCGAGCCCUCAUGCCACCCACCAAACCUUUACUGCACACUGGAGGAACUGAGAAAAAAGGUCUAAAUGCCCUGGAGCUCAGACAGUCCGAGAGUAUGAGGAAGCGAGGUCCUGCUCAGUCACCUUAUGCUGGAUAUCCAUCAUCAUUGCAGAUACCCAAAGAGGACAAAGCCAGUCCAAAAAGCCCCAGGAAGCAGGGGCAGCAAAUGUUCCCGAACAUGCAGCAUAUUUCUCUGCCUUUGACCUUGGCUGAUUCAUCUCUCAGGCCCAGAGCCCCACUGGACUUGGAUGGAGAAACUGACUGGGUGGGAGAGAGGGAGAAGUGGAGAGAAGAAGCAACAGCAGGUGAUGAAGAGAAGAAGAGAGAGGGAGGAGGGGACAAGAGGAGGGAAAAAGAAUGGACAGGGGAUAGAGAGAGGAAAAGAGAUGAAGGCUGGGAUAGAGAUACAGAGAGGGAGAGGAAGAUAGGAGAGAUGGGAGAGGAUAAAUCAAGGGAACAAAAAAGAGAAGGUUGUGAUGGAGAUGGAGAAAAAGCUGGGCAUGUGCAGAGGCAGAAAAGGAAAGAAGGAGAGAGAGCAGGCGAUGGAGAAAAGGAGAGAAAGGGGGAAGGUGGGCAACACAAGACUGCUGCACCUGAAGAAUCUCCCGGAGAAGCAACAGAGAAAAAUUGGCAUAGUUUGGGACCUGGGGACCAGUUCAUCAGCAGUUCAACUGAGCAGCUCCAGGGGAGUGGAACUAUUGCCAAAACAUGCAGUUUGGACCGAAGACAGCCAGCUCCCAUCGUGACAAAAUGGAGGCAUAGUACAUGCAUAUUGGAGACUAACAGUAAGGAACCUUCAAAAGCUGGGACCCCAGAUUCAGGAUUGCCUGACCCUUCCUCCCCAAAAUGUCCACAUUCUCCCUGUGAAAAAUCUGGACCCCUAAAUGUAACCAAGAUCACUGAACAUGGCAAGAAAGUCCGUAAAAACUGGACUUCAUCUUGGACAGUUUUGCAAGGCUCUCAAUUGAUAUUUGUCAAAAGCCAGGCGAUGGCCACCAGUUGGUUUGGGAGUCACCAAUCAAAGCCAGAAUUCAGUGUAGAUCUGAAGGGAGCAACUGUAGAGAAGGCAUCCAAAGACAAAUCCAGCAGGAAACAUGUUUUAGAGGUGAAGGCUCAACGUGGUACAGAGCUCCUUAUUCAAGCAGACAGUGAGAGCAUCAUUAAUGAGUGGUUCAAAGCCCUAACUGAAGCCAUAAAUAUACAUGCCUGGGAGUCUGAUGAGGCCUUUGAAGAGGACAUGCCAGAAUCUCCAGGACUAGAGAAACAUGAGAAAGAAAACCAAGACCAACAGAAGAAGACCAAAACAAGGCUGAGGAAAUUUCUCACACGUAGACCCUCUCUACAGGCAGUUAAAGAAAAGGGUUACAUCAAAGAUCUGGUGUUUGGCUGUAAUCUGAUCAGUCUCUGUCAGAGGGAAAAAACUACUGUGCCUCACUUUGUCAAGAUGUGUAUUGACUACAUAGAGAAUCAAGGUCUGAGUUUGGAUGGUCUCUAUAGAGUCAGUGGGAAUCUGGCAGUCAUACAGAAGCUGAGAUUUGCUGUUAAUCAUGAUGAUAAGAUAAAUUUGGCAGAUAGUAAAUGGGAGGACAUUCAUGUGGCUACUGGAGCACUGAAGAUGUUUUUCCGAGAACUUCCAGAACCACUCUUCACCUGUGCCUAUUUCAAUGACUUUUCCAGUGCCAUUAAAAUUAUAGACUAUAACCAAAAAGUGCAGGCUAUCAAAGAUCUAGUGAAGCAGCUGCCUCAACCGCACCAAGAUACAAUGCAGGAACUUUUUAAACACUUGAGAAAGCUGCCUUAUAGAACAGGAAGCCCAAUACAGAGGUACCACUAUUGCGAACAAGAAAAUCCUAGCAGACAGAGUGAAAAAACAGAUUUUUACCACAAAAACUCGAGUGUUUGUCGGUGAAUGAGCAGGCUUCUUGCUAACAACCUAAAUGGUAAAACGCUUGAACUAAUAUUUGACUGUAAUCUGCAGAAAUAUUUGGAUUUAUGAGCAACUAGCAGUCUCUAAACAUACUUUGUACAAUUGUCAGCAAAUUGAAUGGCUACAGCUGUAGUGAAUGAUAUUUACUGUUGAUAAACUUAACCAUUAUGCAUUUAGAUAUUUGUAGAUAUGAGCAUCCGAGUACAAAAAUUGGUUUUCACACUUUUAUGACAAUAAUAAAAUGAAAAUAUCAAGCAAAUCAAAAACUUUUGGGUUCCUAUGGGAAAAAAAUAAUGGUGACCCAAAACAUUCACCCUGCACUUCUAUAAUUGAACAUAUAAUUAAACAGCCCAUCUGUUGAUACAGAAAUGCAAAACAUGCUUCUUCAUUUUCUUUGCAAAAAAAAAAAAGAAACAAAAAGUAAGCACUACCAAAGGAACUUUCCUCUUUAGUAUAUUGGCUUUUGGUCUGACUACUGCUUUAGCUGAGAUAGCAGAAAAGUGUACUUUUCAGGUGUCUCCUGUUCCCCAUAGUAAGGGGUCAAAAUCAUAAAUGCUGUGGCUAAACAAUAUAUAUAGGCAUUUCUGCAAUGACCAGCAGACUUUAUCUUCGGAUUAAGCAUUGAUCUGAUUGGCAACUUCUACUGUACUCUUCAAUGUUCACACUUUUCAAUAGAUUGAAUAAGUACCACUGCUAACACAGACAUUGACUCUUGUUCUGUUUUUAUGUUUUUCGCACAAUACACACAGGAUUGGUUAGUUUGUUUGAAGUUUGAGAUGCUGAGGAUAUUAGGAUUUUUGGACAUUAUUCCUUCUUUGAUCACAGAAGUCCCUUUAGAAUGUAAAUGUUAGAUGUAUUGUACAUUUUGUAUGUUAGAUUGUAUGACCAUUUGUGUGUGCUAGCAUGCUUAUGUAUGUAUGUAUGUAUGUACUUUGUGUUUUUACACCAAUUCACUGGAACAAUAUCUUGCUCAUUCCUGUAAAGUGCUGAAAUAUUUGUCCACAGGAAAGGAAAACACUACAGAUGAUAGAAUAAUAUGGGUGCAAAAUAAAGCCUGUACCUAACAGAGUACACUGAAAUUUUUAUAUAGCUAUUGUGUGAGUGGUGGUACUUGAAAUAUGUAAGUGUAUUAAACAGUUCAUUGGUGUGGAGUAAACAUUUAAAGGACACUAUUACCGAUAUCAAAAUGUUUAAACUUUUUUAGAAGCUGCAGAAGAAUGUUGGUUGUAUAUGGUUACAUGUUCUGAAUUAGAAUAAAGUUAACAAGGCAAGGGAUUAGUAUUUUUAUGGCAUUAAGAGAGCGUAACUUUUUUUUUCUUCUGAAUCAUUUCAACCACAUUAAAUAACCUUAGAAAUGGACUUGUGAUAAAAUAUUGUGGAAUGUAAAUUUUCUAAACACCUGCUAUUGCUUUUGAACUGGAAUAAAGUUGACAGGGCAAGGGGUUUGAA